GUUCUCUUGAAUCUCCAGCAUUACCAGCAGGCUUAAUUUAUGAUAAUGUUUCAUACAAGAUUUUUGUAUCGGGCAAAGCUGGUGUUGGUAAAACCAGUACUGUAGCAAAAUUAUCAGGACUUGCUGUUCCUAAGAGUCAUAUAGAAACACCUGGUUUGCAGACAUCAGUGGUGUAUUGGCCAGCAAAGCUUACUGAUGGAAGUGGCAAAGUGUUGAUGUUUAAAUUUCAAUUAUGGGAUGCAGGAGAAAAUAUUCUAAAGAAAUUUGAUCAUGUUUUGCCAGCAUGUACAGACAUUGCCAACGCUAUGAUCUUCCUGUUUUCAUAUACUGACCGACCAAGUUUUGAGGACCUUCCUGUUCAGAUGUUGCAUGUUUGUGAAUCAGACAUUCCAAAGAUUGUGAUCGGAACUAAAUUUGAUCAACUACGCAACAGCGACAUCACUACAAAAGAGAUCUGCAAUUUCAGACAACGGUACAACAUCCCUUUAUUAAACAUUAAAAAUAUAAGUCGAUUCAGGUUGUUGAGUGAUGGAUCUAAGAUAAUUGAUGGAAAUGCUGAGAUUGAGGAUAUAGCCAACAUCAUGAAUGGUAUGUGCCAAAUACUGUGGAACCAGAAUGAUACAGCUAAGAUGGCAAUCAAUGCAAGACAGCCAGUGGACAAUAAUGAUGGUGUAGGAUAUAGUUAUGUUUGAUAAUAUGACUGAAGUUGAGGACUGAUUUACAACAGCUGACAUCAAACCUUCUUAUAUCCUCAGGAGCUUCAGUUUUUAACACAAUUUCAAAAUUAUCUAUUUUUAAGUCAUCCAGGGUGUUCCUUAUUUUAUGCACACUUAUAUAAAGGCCUAAAAAAUAACUUGUUUGUUUGCCCUUUAAUGCUGAAAAUUGUAUAGGAGGGGUGAGCGCAAAAAAGUGUAUUUUUUUAGUUUUCAUUUUGUCACCAAAAUUAGCAUAUUAAAUCGCAAUACUUGCAAUUAAGCCUGUCUCACUAUUUGUUUUCAAAAGGUAUUCAUCAGACUGAAUAAAAAUAACCUGUAAUCAAUAUUUUGCAAUGAAUAUAGGCCUAGGAUGGCGAUAUCUUACGUCAGACACCAAAUUCAGACAACUUUCAUGUGGAAAAUGGAGAAAAAUAAAAGAUCACUUUAUAAAAUUUGUGAACAAAAAAUCGAAAAAAAAAACUUUCUUAAAAAUGCCACUAUUUUUCUGUUAGCUAGGGGCGAGCGCUGGAGGGCAAAACAAUUUUUUUUUUAGGCCUAAUUGUGCUUUAUUAUGGGGUUUUAGCAGUUGGACCAACAUUUUGUUUCUAAUUAUUAUUGGCAGAAUGAUCGGCUUGAUUGUCAUACAUCGAGGCAGCUUUUGCCAUUUGUAUCAAAUCAUGAUCAGCAGCCCCAUGAGGGGAAUGAUCUGCUCAAUUUUCAAUUAUUUUAUGGAGGCAAAUAUGAACUUGCCUUCUACAGACAGAACCAACUGUAAAAUUUAUUGUAUUGUAGUGUAUGUUUUUUAGUGGAUAGUAGAUCUUGAUUGCACACAAAAGCAAUAAAUUGAAUUGAAGUGAAUUAAAUCGUCAA